CGGCGGCGGCGCGGGCGGGCGGCGAGGGCCGCGCGCUCUCUGAGGCUCUGGCCUGCGUGCGCGGCUGGAGGCGGCGGCCGGGGAUGCGGCGGCGCCCGGCCUGAGCCCGCGCCCGGCCAUGUCGGCGGCCAAGGAGAACCCGUGCAGGAAAUUCCAGGCCAACAUCUUCAACAAGAGCAAGUGUCAGAACUGCUUCAAGCCCCGCGAGUCGCAUCUGCUCAACGACGAAGACCUGACGCAGGCAAAGCCCAUUUACGGCGGCUGGCUGCUCCUGGCUCCUGAUGGGACGGACUUCGACAACCCAGUGCACCGGUCUCGGAAAUGGCAGCGCCGGUUCUUCAUCCUCUACGAGCACGGCCUCUUGCGCUACGCCCUGGACGAGAUGCCCACAACCCUCCCACAGGGCACCAUCAACAUGAACCAGUGCACAGACGUGGUGGACGGGGAGGGCCGGACGGGCCAGAAGUUCUCCCUGUGCAUUCUGACCCCCGAGAAGGAGCACUUCAUCCGGGCCGAGACCAAGGAGAUCAUCAGUGGGUGGCUAGAGAUGCUCACAGUCUAUCCCAGGACCAACAAGCAGAACCAGAAGAAGAAGCGGAAGGUGGAGCCCCCCACACCACAGGAGCCAGGGCCGGCCAAGAUGGCUGUCACCAGCAGCAGCAGCAGCAUCCCCAGUGCUGAGAAAGUCCCCACCACCAAGUCCACACUCUGGCAGGAAGAAAUGAGGGCCAAGGACCAGCCAGACGGGAGCAGCCUGAGUCCAGCUCAGAGUCCCAGCCAAGGCCAGCCUCCUGCGGCCAGCACCCUGAGGGAGCCAGGGCUUGAGGGCAGAGAUGAGGAGAGCACCACAAGUGGUGACCGCGUGGACUGUGGCCGCAAAGUCCGGGUGGAGAGCGGCUACUUCUCUCUGGAGAAAACCAAGCAGGAUGUGAAGGCCGAGGAGCAGCAGCUGCCCCCACCGCUCUCCCCGCCCAGCCCGGGCGCCCCCACCAACAGGUACAGCGACUCCAGCCCACCCUCCUGCAAGCCUGGCCAUCCCCUUCCUCCCCCAGGUCCUCAGUUCCCUGCCCGAACCGUCUGCAGCAGCUCCUUCAACUCCUUGGAUGUGGCCAGCCAUCCCCCUGCCCAUGUGGACUCCGGCAGUGCUGGGGGGCGGGGAGCAGAGAGACUGGGGCGUGCCUAUGCCUUUAAAGCCAGCAGGCAGUAUGCCACCCUGGCCGACGUCCCUAAGGCCAUCAGGAUCAGCCACCGAGAAGCCUUCCAGGUGGAGAGAAGGCGGCUGGAGCGCAGGACUCGGGCCCGGAGCCCGGGCAGGGAAGAGGUGGCCCGUCUGUUUGGCAACGAGCGGAGGAGGUCCCAGGUAAUAGAGAAAUUUGAGGCCCUGGACACAGAGAAGGCAGAGCACAUGGAGACCAACUUGUCCACCGGGCCCUCAGCCUCAAGUGACACUCGACAAGGCCGCAGUGAGAAGAGGGCAUUCCCUAGGAAGCGGGACCUCCCCAGCGAAGCUCCUCUCCCAGACGCCUCGGCCUCCCCCCUGUCUCCACACCGAAGAGCCAAGUCACUGGACAGGAGGUCCACGGAGUCCUCCCUGACGCCCGACCUGCUGAAUUUCAAAAAAGGCUGGCUGACCAAGCAGUAUGAGGAUGGCCAGUGGAAGAAGCACUGGUUUGUCCUUGCUGAUCAAAGCCUGAGGUUCUACAGGGACUCAGUGGCUGAGGAGGCAGCUGACUUGGAUGGGGAAAUUGACUUGUCUACGUGCUGCGAUGUCACAGAGUACCCAGUGCAGAGAAACUAUGGGUUCCAGAUCCAUACGAAGGAGGGCGCCUUCACCCUCUCUGCCAUGACGUCCGGAAUCCGGAGAAACUGGAUCCAGACCAUCAUGAAGCAUGUCCACCCGACCUCUGCCCCAGAUGUGACGAGCUCGCUGCCGCAGGUGAAGGCCCGGAGCGGCUCCCCCUCGGAGACGAGGCCGCUGGAAAAGCAGGACGGGGAGCUUGGGGAGCCCGACCCUGAGCAGAGGAGGAGCCGGGCGCGUGAGCGCAGGCGCGAGGGCCGCUCCAAGACCUUCGACUGGGCCGAGUUCCGCCCUAUCCAGCAGGCCUUGGCCCAGGAGAGGGCCGGUGGCCCUCGGGCCGAGGCGGAGCCCGGGGAGCUGGAGCGGGAGCGCGCACGCCGGCGGGAGGAGCGGCGCAAGCGCUUUGGGACACCUGACGUGGAGGGGCCCAGUGCAGAUGAUGCGGCCCUGCGCAUGGAGGUCGACCGGGGCCUGGGGCCGCCCACAGCUGCGGAGCUCAGGACCCAGAAUGUGCAUGUGGAGAUCGAGCAGCGCUGGCAUCAGGUGGAGACCACCCCCCUCCGGGAGGAGAAGCAGGUGCCCAUCGCCCCCCUGCACCUGUCCUCCGAAGACGGCAGCGACCGACUCUCCACGCCCGAGCUGACCUCGCUGCUGGAGAAGGAGUUGGAGCAGAGCCAGAAGGAGGCCUCAGACCUUCUGGAACAGAACCGACUGCUGCAGGACCAGCUGAGGGUGGCUCUGGGCCGGGAGCAGAGCGCCCGGGAGGGCUAUGUGCUGCAGACCGAAGUGGCCACCUCCCCGUCCGGCACCUGGCAGAGGCUCCACAGAGUCAACCAGGAUCUGCACGGCGAGCUGGAGGCCCAGUGCCAGCGCCAGGAGCUCAUCACACGGCAGAUUCAGGCCCUGAAGCGCAGCUACGGGGAGGCCAAGGAUGCGAUCCGGCACCACGAGGCCGAGAUCCGGAGCCUCCAGGCGCGGCUGGGCAACGCCGCCGCCGAGCUUGCCAUCAAGGAGCAGGCGCUGGCCAAGCUCCAGGGCGAGCUGAAGCUGGAGAAGGACAAGGUGCGCGAGCAGCUGGAGGAGCGGCAGCAGAGCGAGGCUGCGCUCAACGCCCAGCUGCGCACCAGCGAGCGCAAGCUCCAGAGCGCAGAGGCCCUGCUGCUGGGGAGGACGCAGGAGCUGCGGGACCUGGAGCGGCAGCAAGUGCUGCAGCGGGACCGGCACAAGGAGGUACAGCAGUUGCAGGAGCGCAUCGCCGACCUCAGCCAGCAGCUGGGUGCCAGCGAGCGGGCCCAGAGGCUGAUGGAGGAGAAACUGCAGAGGAACUAUGAGCUGCUGCUGGGGAGCUGCGAGCGGGAGAAGCAGGAGUUACUGCGGAGCCUGGCGGAGGCAGAGGACAGGGCCCGCGCCUUCGAGGGGCGGCUGCAGGAGCAUGAGCACCAGGUGGAGGCUCUGCAGGAGGAGAAGCUGAGCGCUGGGUCUGAGGGCAGCGAGGCGGUGCAGCGGCUGGAGGAGCAGCUGGAGAUGAAGGAGGCCAGCAUCCAGAAGCUGGCCGAGCAUGUGCAGAGCCUGCGCGAUGAGCGCGACCUGACGCAGCAGCGCUUCCAAGAGCUGCUGGGCCGCGUCUCCCUGUCCGAUGGGGAUGUAGCUGCACUGCAGGAGAAGCUGAGGGGAAGGGAGGCCGACUACCAGAGCCUGGAGCACUCCUUCAGGAGGGUGGCCGGCCAGCUCCAGGGCGCACACACGCGGCUCCAAGAGAAGGAGGAGGAGCUGCGGCGCCUGCAGGAUGCACACGAGAAGGCACUGGAGAGGGAGGGGCGGGGCCUGCAGCAGGCUCUGCUGGGGCCGUCCACCCUGGGGAGCAGCCUAGAUGAGGAAGACGAGAAGCUCCAGGCAGAGGGGGAGAUCGAACGGCGACUGGCCACAGAGUCUCUGGAGGAUGCCGAGGACAGCCUUGCUCGUGUGGGCCUGCAGUGCCAGACUGCCGGCAUGCCUCUGGGCCUGCCCUGCUUGGAGCUGGAGGACGUGGCCCCAGGGGAGGACCUGGGGGACAGCAGCCCCAGCAGAGAAGAGAGCAUGGUGCCCCUGAGGUCGGAAGUGUCCUCAAAACCUGACCAGGGAGCACCUGGCAUUAAGAGGCAAAGAAUCCGAUUCUCCACGAUCCAGUGUCAGAAGUACACCCACCCUGACGGGUGUGAGAAGACCGGAGCCAGCAGCAUGUCCUCGGACACCAGUCAGGAGCGCUCACCCUCGGAGGAAAGUAUGUCAUCAGAGGCUACCCCCAGCUCACUCCCCAUGCCCAGUGACCCAGAUGCUUACCUGUCCAUUAUCCACUCCCUGGAGACCAAGCUCUACGUCACGGAGGAGAAGCUCAAAGGCGUGACAGCGAGGCUGGAGAGCCAGCAGGGCCAGAGCCAGGAGGCCCUGUUUGCGCUGCACCAGCAGUGGGCCAGCACCGAGGCGCGGCUCUGCGAGCAGCUCCGAGCCAGCCUGCUCCAGGUCACUGCGCUGGCCGCCCAGCUGGAGCAGGAGAGACAGGCCAGGGUGGAGGCGGUCGAGAGCCAUGUCGGGGAGCUCAGCGACGUCCAGGUGAAAAACAGCCAGGCCCUGGCUUGCCUGGAGAGCUGUAGAGAACAGCUGCGGUCCCUACCAGGGGACGCAGGAGCGGGGCUCUUGGCUGGUCUUGAGAGCCUGCUCAUGGGUGCUGUCCAGGCCCUGCAUCCCCGGCCAGCUUCCACGGGGGAAACAGGCUUCUUUGAGGAGGAGAAGGCGCCAUCCCAGCAGCUGCCACACAUGCUUACACUGAGCGAGGAGCAGCAGCUGCAGCUCCUCUCUGAGCAGAUCGCUCUGGAAGCCGCCCUCAUAGACCAGAUUGCAGACUCGCUACGGAACACGACAUCAGACAUGUCACAAGUCUUCCUGGAGAUCGCUCAGUCAGGACGGUGGCCGCUGGAGUCUGAAAGUGCUGUGGUCUGUCCAGGGGCCCCAGCAGAUGCCUGGGCCAAGAAGGUGCUGGUGGAUGGAGAGUUCUGGAGCCAGGUCGAGUCCCUGAGCCGGCACCUGGAGACGCUGGGCGGAGAGGCAGCCAGUGCCUCGGGAAGCAGGCAGCCAUGUGCCCGGCCAGCCCCAGCCCCUGCCCUGGCGGACGCCACGUGGGUCAGGGCUGAGCUCAGUCUUGCCGCGUGCUCGAUGAGGGAGUCCCUCCACCGCAGGCUCCGGAGCAUCCAGGAGACCCUCCAGGGGACACAGGCAGCCCUGCAGCAGCACAGGUGCAUGCUGCAGGAGGUCCUGGGGGCCUACCGGACCCCUGCCUUUGAGAGGGUGAUGCAGCAGGUCUCGGAAGCCCUGCAGCUUCCACUGGGCACCAGAGACGGCGACCAGGUGUCCUGGGCCAGGCACCCACCGGUAGAAGCACCAAGUCAUCAGGACCCAGCCGGCUCCCUGGCUUGUCCCUUGUCCAGCCAGAGUUCUGGAGUCUUAGCUGCUAUUCAGGAGGAGCUUGCCCUGCAGCUUAAAGAUAAGGCCAGUCUCCUGGGGGAGAUUUCUGCCUCCCUAACCUCACUUCCCUCUGUGGAGGUACUCGGGGACUGUCGGAAGCUCCUGCAGGCAUCCCAGCAUCUCUUGCGCCGUGCUUGUCUGGGAGGCCUUGGCCAGUAUUCUUUAUUAGUUCAGGAUGCGAUUCUUCAGGCUCAGGUGUGUUACGCAGCCUGCAGGAUCCGGCUUGAAUAUGAGAAUGAGUUCCGGGGCUACAAAGAGUCCUGGCUGGGCCAGAGGGACCCCUACGAGGGGCAUGAGCAGGCCUUGGGGGCCCUGCAGGGGGAGUCCAAGGAGCUUCUCUGUAAGCAGAAGGGCGAGUACUUGGACGUGAUCGCCUUCACCCAAAGGGAGAACAUGGAACUCCAGACCAAGGUUGCCCAGCUGGACCAGCAGCAGAGGCGUCUGGAGUUGGCGCAUGGCGAGCACGGCGAGAGCCUGGCUGCCCCACCAGAGCAGUUCAAGGAGGAGGUGGUCCAAGUGGAGGGCGUGCUGCAGGCCGCAUGUGGCAGGGUCAGGGGCCAGCCUGACACUGGGGCCAGGGCCGAGCAUGACCUGGGGGGGCGGCCUGUGGAGCAGGUGCAGGCCCUGGAGGCCAGGUUCCAGCUCAAGGUCAAGGAGCUCCAGACCAUCCAUGAGGAGGAGCUGCGGGCCCUGCAGGAGCACUACUCGCAGACCCUGCGGUGCCUGCAGGAGACUCUGUGCCGCUACCAGGGCCAGCCCCCCUCUGGCUCACUGGCCAGUGGCGAGGCCGAGUCCUUGGCGGGGCUGAGGGAGCGUGUCCGGGAGCUGGAGGCGCAAGUGGACGUUCUGCGGGAGGAGCUGGAGCACCAGGACCCGGCGGGCGGCAUGGCCUCCCUGCAGGAGGAGCGCCAGAGGGACUUGGAGAGCCUCAAGGCCACAUGCGAGCGGGGGUUUGCAGCCAUGGAAGAGACGCACCAGAAGAAGAUCGAGGACCUGCAGAGGCAGCACCAGCGGGAGCUGGAGAAACUGCGGGAGGAGAAAGACCGCCUCCUGGCGGAGGAGACCGCAGCCACCAUCUCAGCCAUUGAAGCCAUGAAGAACGCCCACCGCGAGGAGAUGGAGCGGGAGCUGGAGAAGAGCCAGCGCUCCCAGAUCAGCAGCGUCAAUGCGGACGUCGAGGCCCUGCGGCGGCAGUACCUGGAGGAGCUGCAGUCCGUGCAGCGUGAGCUGGAGGUCCUCUCGGAGCAGUACUCGCAGAAGUGCCUGGAGAACGCCCACCUGGCCCAGGCCCUGGAAGCCGAGCGGCAGGCCCUACGGCAGUGCCAGCGCGAGAACCAGGAGCUCAAUGCCCACAACCAGGAGCUGAACAACCGCCUGGCUGCAGAAAUCUCACGGCUACGGACACUGCUGACUGGGGACGCCGGUGGCGAGGCCGCUGGUUCGCCCCUCACACAGGGCAAGGACGCCUACGAGUUAGAGGUCUUGUUGAGGGUCAAGGAAUCAGAAAUUCAGUACCUGAAACAGGAGAUCAGCUCCCUCAAGGACGAGUUACAGACGGCGCUGCGGGACAAGAAAUACGCCAGUGACAAGUACAAAGAUAUCUACACAGAACUCAGCAUUGUGAGAGCGAAGGCCGACUGUGACGUCAGCAGGUUGAAGGAGCAGCUGAAAGCCGCCACAGAAGCACUGGGUGAGAAGUCCCCGGAGAACCCGCCUGUGUCCGGAUAUGACAUCAUGAAGUCCAAGAGCAACCCUGAUUUCCUGAAGACAGACAGGUCCUGUGUUGGCCGGCAGCUCAGAGGCCUCAGGUCCAAGUCCGUAAUUGAGCAGGUCUCAUGGGAUAACUGAAACGACCCGCUUCCCGGCCCCCCUGUCGUGUAGAGUCUGAAGGAAGGCCUGACGGUGCAAGAUCGCCUGAAGCUCUUUGAGUCCCGGGACCUGGAGCGCGACUAGUUGCUCCCGUGCAGCUUGGACACACCUCCCGGCCACAGCCCCCGUGCCACUCCUGUCCAUCCCUUCAUUUUUUAUUGUCGUCCUUGUUCUUGGUGUUGUCGUCUGCAUUGACUGUGGUUGGAUGCAUGAGAGACUGGCCUGUGGAUGGCUCGCUCCACUCCCUGUGGUCUUCAUUCAAGCUUUCCCUGGUUUCUGCAACCUGCCCUGCCUUGCCCCGGCUCUCUGUCAGUAUUACGGCCCAGCAGCCUGGGAUAAGCUAGCUCUGUCUCACCCCGCGCGCAGGCGGGGCAGGAGGGGCCACGAGGCUGUGCUGUGGGUCCCGUGCUGACAGCUCGCAGCCCAGGGAGGACCUGGAAGCCCAGGGUAGGGCUGAGCCUGCACCUGCCCCGUGGGCUUGGGGCGAAGGGAGCAGCUCUUACACAUCCGCUGACACCGCUUAGAGCCGCACCCCAGACCGUUGUGGUGAACGCUUCACAGCCUGGGAAGUGCUGCAAGCAGCCACUCCUAUUUUUGUCUGUUUUUUAUUAAAUCUUGCACAAAACCCGGCCCCUCUCAUUCCUUCCUAUGCUCAUUCUUUCUUGGUCACCAGGAACCCUACUCUUCUCACAUGAGGUGGAUGCUGCCCUGCAGCCUGGGUUCCAGGCUGGAAUCACUGUGACAGCAUGUUUCCUCGGUCACUGGAGGAGGAAGCUCGCUCACCCCUCCGUCUUUUGGAAAGAAGCCCCUUCUUGCUUUGGGAAAGGUUGACCAGAGACCAUGUUAUGUCAAGAAGGCAGAGAGGAUGUUGGAGCUAGAUGGAAACCAGCCGUUGUGACGUGUGCUCACUCGAGCUGAGGCCCAGGGCACCGGGGCGCCCACGCAGGGCUGCACUCGCGCUUCUGUGUUCUUGGUGGCCUGAGUGACACGCUUCUAACCACCACCAGGCAUCCUCAGCACUAAUCCUAUGAGGACAGGAGCAGGGACACAGCCCCAGGGGAGCCCGCGUGGCAUCUGGCCAGCACUUGGACGAGAGCCACAGGCUUGGGGUAUGCAGGUACUUUGGGGGUGAAAAUGCACACAUCGUUGUACAGUAUCUAGAUGAACACAUGAGGCCGCGUAGGGUGUCCCUGGAGGCAGGGCAGAGCGCGGGUGUAGAGUGUGCGGCCCCGCCCACUUCGCUGGGACAGCUCAGAGCACCUGGCUGCAGGGCCUUCCCUAUUCCUGACUCUGCUGGCCACUGCAUUGCUGCUGUUGGUCCAUGUUUGCAAAAGCUCCUUUAACCCUGCUCAUCAGACACCCCUACACCAGCACAUCUCAGAGCCGCCUACGUGGGUGAUGGCUCUGAGGGUCUGACGAUGGCAGGGGCGGGGCUCUCUGGGCACUGAGACUGUGCCACCGCUGCCUCCUUCCAGGGUGCAGGGUCCACACGGAGCUGCUCCGUCUGCCGGUGGGCCGCACGCUGCCACUCAUCAGAGCAAAGGAGCUUCUACCUCUGUGUCUCCAUCAGUGAACCUGGGGUCUGACCUAGCACUCCACAGCGGCCCCUGCACCCACAGGUGGCAGGACUCGCCUCUCUGGAGGCGGCCAGGAGCCACACUGCAGAAGCUUGGGCCACAGGGGCUCCCCAAACCCCCACCCUCUGCCCUGGGCAGUGCUGGCCAUCGACUUGAGGUGAGGGCUGUGCAUGGCUGGAGGGAGCAGGCUGGACACACGGGUCCCUGCUCUGCGGUGUCCUUGGCACACCCCCUACAGGCACCCCAGCUCCUCGACGGGGGCCUGCCACGACCGCAGAGGAGGAAAGAGCACAAGUGGGGGCAGCCUUCGAGGGGGUUUCUGUGCUGGCAGGGAAAGGGUGCCCAGGGGGCUGUGGACAGGGAGGCCCAGCCCCCACCCCACAGGGAGUGUACCCCCAUGUCCCCAGGGAUGGGAGGGGACCACUGCGUCUACUCUUGCUGUAAACGUUCACUCCUUCCCUGGGGACCUGCAGGCACCUGCCUAGGGGACAGCUGGACAGAGUGGCGUCACCUGACCGCUCUGCCCGCGCACCUUCAGCACAAGUGCCAGGCUCGGGCCGCCUCUGGUCAUGCAUUCCGCCAGCCACGGGCAGGACUGAAAGCCAGCGUUCCGGUGGCCAUGCUGGCUGCAGUGCGACACUCAGGCUUGUGCCACUGGGCGUCAGAACCAGUGUGGCCUUGUGGGGGAGGCGGUGGCCAUGCUGGGGAGACCGGCGGAGGUCGAGCUGAAGCUCAGCAGGUGGGAGGAAGAGAACGUGGGAAGGGCCAGCCCCCGGCCGGAGACGUGGAGCCUGUCACUCGCAGCAUCCAGACCCAUGCAGAGCGGGAGCGGCAGUUUGUACAAACGCGUGCUUGUGACCCUCAGGGUCUGCCUGAGCAAGCCGAGGACGACACCCACAGGGCCCUGUCCUGCGAAGGGCCCGCCGCCACCUCACUGCGCCUGCCCAGCGGCCCUGCGUGCAGGGCGCCUGGGACACUCCCGCAGCGGGGCUGCCAUCCUCUCAUGGCACGGGGCUGCCCUCCUGCCUUCACACGUCCACACUCGCCAGGCGCUACUCUCCACAGCCCGAGGGCAGGCCUUGAAACCAUGCGUUUCGGUACCCUGAUAGAAGAUGGGACAGAAACCCAGGAGGGAUGCGAACGCUCAGUCUCGAGAACAGCAAGUUCCUCUGUAAAGGGAAGGCCUCCCCUUCCCUGAGCACGUGGCGGCCCGGAUGCACGGGUGCCGCCCCUCCAGGCCCCUCAGGUGGCUCCCUGCUCCUCUGCACAGAACUGGGACGUCGUGCAGAGCAAGCGGAGUCCACAGGGCUCAGGGUCACUGCCAUGGAUUUCUGUGACACAGUCUGUGUGGGUGGGUUUCUCUUUCUCCUUAUACAAGCACCGCUGUUUAAGACGAGAAGAAACAGCUUGGGUACAACACAGUGCCAACCAACGUGACAAGGCAACGUUUUUAAUAACUGACCUACCUUUUAUAAAGCCUGAGUCAUUUAACAGGUGGUUCUGUUUCCUCCUGAAAGAUCUCAGUAAUACCUGUUCCUCAUUCUUGGCAAAGUCACUCAAAGUCUUGAGGGAAAACCAAGAGGGCGCAGGAGCGCCUGUUUGCCCAGGCCACGAGCAGGGUGGGCCGCGCCGGCAGCCGCCGCAUCGGUCUGCCAGCACCGCGGCCGCGUGGGGGCCACGCACUCUGGGCCUGGUGUGGCGGCUUCACGCUGCCGCUGCUCCACCACACAGACCCGCAGGCCCGGGGCUGGGCCUCCUGCGAUGCUGCCUGUCCGCCAGACGUCCCUGCCACCCACCCUCGCCUCCACAGCUAGCCGGGACACACGUCAGCGUUUAUUUCAUAGGAAGCUGGUAAUAGAACACAAAGAACACAAAACUCAUUCUUGUUUAUGUUUGUAUCACAGCCAAUUGAUUUUAGGAUUUAACCUUAGUAAUAACAACGUAUCUACUGACUCUUAGGAUUCAAAACCAGUUAAGUGAUAAGAGUUUUCCUAAGUAGUAUUUAUAAAAUGUAAGGUUCUAAGUGUCUCCUUAACAAUUAGAAUCCUCAGAUUUUCCUCACAGACACACUUCUAUCAGGGUGACUGUCUCAGCCCAGACUCAAGACAACACAUGCUGUGCCUGACUGCUGGGCCCGGACAGAAUGGGGACACGGAGACAGCGGCUGCCUCUGCGACAAGUCUGUGGGUGGUCCCUGGCGGCAACCAUGCCUACCCCCACCUGCUGCUCAUUCAGGGGGCAAGUGCUCAGAGAACAAGCCUGCAUCGCUCUGUGCUGAUGCUAAAAGAGAAUGCUCAUCAGACAGAGCUGCACUCAGCCUUUGGGAGGCCCAACCCUCGUGGAGGCAGAAGGGGCCCCAGGAAGAGAAGAGUCUGGUCAGCUUGCUGCUCUCUGACAAUUCAAAACUUUUACCAUUUAGUUUAAAGCUCUUUUUUAAAAACAAAAUUUCUGAUCAAGUGUUCGCUAAAACUGAAGUGUUACUUUGUCAAAAUAUUUAUUCCUUUGUUUGACAUGCUAGAUUCCCAUGGAUGUAGCGGAUCAUUUCUACUGUAAAUAUUACCUAACUUUACAUAAACAAUGUCAUAAUAAACUAUUUUUGCAUCACCCUU